GAGAGAGAGUCUUAUUGGUAUACCAGCCUUGGCUAAAUCUCCCGGCCCACCUCCAAACCGCGCUCGACUCUCCUAGGGUUCCUACGAAGAGGCCAAACCUCACAAGUUUUGGUCGGGGAAUCGAAGGAGCUUCUCCGUUCCCCUCACUAAGCCGAAGGAAAUCUUGGACAUAGAAUCGAGAAAGGAUCAGUUAGUUUCACUUAUAUUCGAACCGAACGAUCGAAGGAAACGGCAUGCUAGCCCCGAUCUUGCGGCUUCCGGCGCCGCCCUCUGAUGGAAACCUCGGCCCGACUCCCCCUGCCCAGGUCUCGAAUGAUGCCCCGGCCAAUAAGCCCCAAGAAGAGAAAGAACAGCCCCCUCCUGCGCCGGUCGCGACCCACACGAGAACGAUUGGUAUCAUCCAUCCUCCUCCUGAUAUCCGAGUGAUCAUAGACAAGACUGCCGCUUUCGUUGCCAAGAACGGCCCGGAGUUUGAGAAGAGGAUUCUUGCCAACAAUGCUGGCAACAACAAGUUCAACUUUUUGACUGCUUUGGACCCUUAUCAUGCCUACUACCAGCACAAGGUCUCCGAGCACCGCACCUUGGUUCAGGCGGCAUCCCAGCAGCCCUCUGGUGACUCCUCUCAGCCAUUGGAUUCUGCCCCAGCACCUUCUGAUGGCUUGGCUGCCCCUGCAGCUGCAACUGCACCUUCUGAUGAGGCUACCACCAAGGUUGACCCCGGUGUUCAGUUUAGGAUUCCCCCAAAUAAGGUCCUUGAGCCCCCCGAAGCUGAGCAGUACACAGUUAGACUACCAGAAGGGAUCACUGGGGAGGAGUUGGAUAUCAUUAAGCUCACUGCACAGUUUGUUGCACGGAAUGGGAAGAACUUCUUGACGAACCUCACGAGCCGGGAGAUGAGCAAUCCACAAUUCCACUUUUUGAAGCCGACCCAUAGCAUGUUCACAUUCUUCACGACUCUCACAGAUGCAUACUCAAGGGUUCUGAUGCCUCCAACGGGGCUAACUGAAAAGCUGCGGAAAAGCACCAGUGAUCUGACAACAGUGCUCGAGAGGUGUUUGCACCGUCUGGAGUGGGAGCGGUCUCAGGAACAGGCUAGGCAGAAGGCUGAGGAUGAGAUCGAGCAAGAGAGGAUGCAAAUGGCAAUGAUUGAUUGGCAUGACUUUGUUGUCGUGGAGACAAUCGAGUUUGUUGAUGACGAGGAUGAGGAGCUGCCUGUACCAAUGACAUUGGAUGAGGUCAUUAGGAGAAGCAAGAUAUCAGUAUUGGAUGAAGAGGAACCGAUGCAAACAUCUGAACCAGGAAAGGAAAUGGAAAUGGAAAUGGAUGAAGAAGAGAUGCAGUUUGUAGAAGAAGGCAUGAAGGCUGCUAGACUCAAUGAGAAUGCCAUGGAAGCAAAAGCACCUGGUGAUGAGCCUGAGCCUCCUAUGAGGAUAGUGAAGAACUGGAAGAGACCCGAGGAGAGGAUCCCUGCUGAAAGAGAUCCAACCAAGUUUGUCAUUUCACCAAUCACCAAUGAGCUUAUUUCUAUUAGUGAGAUGGCUGAGCACAUGCGCAUUUCACUCAUAGAUCCCAAAUACAAGGAGCAAAAGGAGAGGAUGAUGGCUAAAAUCCGGGAGACAACUCUUGCUGCAGAUGAUGAGAUUUCAAAGAACAUUGUCGGGCUUGCACGAACUCGUCCUGAUAUUUUUGGCACCACAGAAGAAGAAGUCUCCAAUGCUGUGAAAGCAGAAAUUGAGAAGAAGAAAGACGAACAACCAAAGCAGGUCAUAUGGGAUGGGCACUCUGGAAGUAUUGGACGUACCGCGACUCAAGCAUUAUCACAGAGUGCUUCUGGUGAGGAACAAACUGAAGCUAAUAAUAAUGAUUCGUGGAUUCUUCCAGGUCCUGCGCCACAACCAAGGCCUGGGGUGCCAUUAGUCCGCUCCCUCCCUCCACCUCCUGGAUUGGCAUUGAAUAUUCCUCGAUUCCCACCAAACACAGUUCCGUAUUCUGUUCCUGCUGCUGGUGGGGGUCUUUUUCCACAUCCAAGGCCUGGAAUGAUUUCAAUGAUUCCAUCUGUGAGGCCUGCUCCUUCACCUAUUCUUAUGCCUUCGUCACAGCAGCCUGUUAUGAUGAACCAGCAGCCAUUGCCUCAAGCAAUUUCGGUAAACCCACCUCCACCUCCUGGAUCCCAGUUCACGCCAUUGGUACUUUCCCGAACUUUUGUUCCACUGCCUAUGCCGCCACCUAACAUGCCAAUGGUUCCCCCACCACCUCCCCCACAAGGAAUGCCACCGCCUCCUCCUCCUGAGGAAGCUCCACCACUGCCAGAUGAACCUGAACCAAAACGGCAAAGAGUCGAUGAUGUCUCACUCAUUCCAGAGGAUCAGUUCCUUGCUCGGCAUCCGGGGUCUUGUCGGAUUUCUGUAUCUGUUCCAAGUGUGGAUGAAGGAAACUUGAAAGGACAACUUCUGGAGAUUGCAGUCCAAUCUUUAUCUGAGACUGUUGGCAGUCUUAAGGAGAAGAUUGCAGCGGAGGUUCAGCUUCCUGCUAAUAAACAGAAACUGAGUGGUCGGGCCGGUUUUCUUAAGGACAAUCUUACGCUUGCUUAUUACAACAUUGGCCCUGGAGAAACACUAACCCUUGCGCUGAGGGAGCGUGGUGGGAGAAAGAGAUAAUCAUUACGUCAAAAAGAAAGAUUCACAAUUCGGAUGAUAUUGUUUCCUUGAGUCACUGAAAUGAACGUGUUCCUCCAAGGGAGCAAGCUUACCAACAUAUCAUGGCUUAUUAUAUUGCUUCUUUAAAACCUUGUUUCAUGUACAAUCUCAAUUUACCAUUUCUUUUGCUUAAAUCUUACUUUCUCAUCUGCUAGGUACCUGAUGCAGGUUUCCUAUUCCAGUGAAUUUGAUUCUUCACAUCUCUUGGUACCAUCAUCUGCCCUUCUUCUGUCAGCAAGGAACCUUUGGUUUCUUUUUCAUGCCUUUGCGGAGUUUUUCAACACUGUUGAUCGAGUAUGAUCUGAAGGAAGAUGAAUCUCCAUAGAGGCUAAUUUAAUUAGGUUAAUGCAAUUAGACAUUAUUUACCAUGCUGAUGAUGUUAUAUAUUCAUUGAUUGUUAAGUUCACUGAAAUCUCAGGAAGUUAUAUUACUUGUGAACCAAUUGAUGAUGA